UUCGCUUAGUUCGCGAUCAAUUCUCGACAGACGCAAACCGAGUUUGGAUCGCAGAAAAUGAGGUCUUGUUUAUGGCUGGAAAGUGGGCUUAUAUUGGCGCUGGCUUUGGGCCUGGUUUGCGCAGGCGUCUCGCCCAUGACGACGCUCUAUAAGCGCAAUUCGGAGGAGAAGUACGAGCCGGAUUUGGUGGCCGUUUCUUCGACCGUCAUUCCGCUGACGGUGCUGGAGGUGAGCUACGGUCUGGGCGGCAAGCCCAGCGAUGCCUACAAGGCGGCCUACCUGCGCAAGCUGCGCAAACAGCUGCUCCAGCGGGCGGAGGCGGAGCAGGCGGAGGUGCCCACCGAUGCCGACGCCCUGAUUACAGUCAAAUCGAAGCUGGCCAAAGUCAAGGCUGUCUAGUCCGAAGCUGCAACCAGGUGUGCUUCCACCUGGCGUGGGCGUCGUCUUCGUUAUGAUAUCAUCAUGAUUUAUGAAAUCUAGCUAAUAAAUUGCGUCACUCGG